GCUCCUACAGCCAGUUCUAGAAAGUCUUUCACUGUGGGGAAAUUCUGAAGCUAUACUGAAUCCUCUAUUAAAAUGUCCCCACAUAUGCUGCUGAUCUCGCUGCUCUCUUUGAUUUUCCUAGAUAAAGUCUGGUGUCAGCCUGACUGUAGUUUCCAGAAUCUGUUGCAAUCAUUAGACCUAACAAGUGCCUCAAAGGUGCGUCCAGUGAGGAAUUGGAAAAAUAAAUCCAUUGUGACCAUUGACAUGACCUUAUACACCAUCGUAGAUAUGGAUAUGAGUAUGCAAACUGCUACAACCUUUGUCUGGUUAUACAUGGCAUGGAGAGAUGAAUACAUUAGCUGGAACCCAGAUGACUUUUGUGGAAUAACAGAACUGUUUGUUAACAGUGAUUAUUUCUGGAAACCAGACCUUUACAUCUACGAAAUGACAGAAGAUGAAGAUAAAUCUCCACAAAUACCAUAUUAUUUACUGCAUGACAAUGGGAAAAUCACGAAUGCAAUGCCACUACGCAUUAUCAGCACCUGCAAUAUGGACAUUUUCAAGUUCCCUUUUGAUAACCAGACAUGCAAGCUCUCCUUUGGCUCUUAUGUUUACACAGUUUCAGAUAUUGUUAUGUGGCCAAAAAGCAACUCUUCAGUUGUCAACCAAAAUGCACAAAAUGUGUUUGCCUCUAAAGAUGAAUGGGUGCUGCAGUCGGUAGCAGUGUACAACACGACAUAUAAAUCUAUGGACGUGGAAUACAGUCAAGUCAUCUACAGUAUUUACAUAAAAAGAGUUCCUGUUGUAUACGUUUUAAACCUCAUUAUACCUGCCUGUUUCUUGGUAUUCCUGGAUAUUGCAAGUAUGUUCAUCCACAAUUGCGAAAAUAGACUUGAUUUCAAGAUCACCGUUAUUCUGGGUUUCUCCGUGAUGCUGCUAAUUCUGAAUGCCUUGCUGCCCAAUUCUGAUAACACUCCCAUGUUAGGUAUUUUCUUCUGCAUUUGUAUGGCCAUGAUGGUUCUCAGCAUCAUUGGAACAGUAGGUACUUCCUACAUGACAGCCACAGACCCAUCUAUAAGCAACUCACAGGUCCCUGUAUGGGUCAAGAUACUGAUCUUGAAGCAUCUGGCACGUAUUAUGUUCUUUAAAAAAGAUUCUGCUAAAGAAGAACUGGUCACACCAGUCGCAGCAGACAAUGAUCCAGAAAAUGCUAAAAUAUCAGAAGCAACUGAAGAUGUUUUAGAUGAGAAGAGACCACUGGAAAAUAAUUCAAAUGUCAAGAAAGAGGUUAAGCUGUUAAAAAGAAUCUUGUUAGAAAUUCUAAGAAUCCAUCGUAAACUGGUACUUGAUUUGCAACAAACGGAUGCAACAUCUGAAUGGUCACUGGUAGCCCAAAUUGUAGACCGACUAAUCCUUGUUCUGUAUUUUAUCACUGUAACUUUGGUGUUUAUGAUUAUGCUCUGUGUUUGGACCAUUUAGGGAUCGCUUUGACAUAACUAAGUUCUGAAGGUCAGUUCAGCUAGAGAAUGUUUUAUACAGCAGAAUAAGAACCUUCAGACAUUGAUGAAUUGUAAAUUCCAAUGUAUGGAGUCAACCAAGGGUGGGCUGUAUGCUAAAUUGGUUCAUAUAAGAAAAAAUUGUUAUCCAUAAAAAAUGGUCAUGGGCUGACUGCUUUUAUGGUAUUUACUUGCAAUAUAAGGUCUUUAGAUGUUUCUAAAAGCAAUUAAUUAAUGGUAGCUGAUAAUCCAUUAACAAGUAAAAGCUGUUAAUUUAUAAACAGGAACAUUUAUAAGGCUCUGUUCACACUAUUGUGAUUUCAUAUGCAACUUGAGUCAUAAACAAAUCGUGUGACAAUGGAAAUCACAUUGUUUUUAAUGGUGCCUGUAAACAUCAAUGCAACUCAGCACAGCAAGAUUUUGGGAAAGGUUCUUGUACUACUACUGGUGCGAUUCCAGCAUGAUUUUUGGCUCCGUAGAUUAUGCAAACCACGUCUAAUUUGCAUCCAA